AAGAUUGUCAUGAAAUUGGCUAAAAAUUUUAUUUGCAAAAUAAAUAAAACAACAAAUUAAAUAUUUAAAAAAUAGCUUAAAGAAGUAUAACAUGGAAAAACAGUUAAGUGAGUCACAGUCAAGUUUUAAAUAUAAGUUAUUUAUGACAAAGAUAGUUAAUGUCAAUUAACAAAAAAAAAUUGUGUGGACCCCAAAAUGACAUUCAAGUGGGCAUCUAUGGGCCCCAAGCCAGUAUUUGAAUGUCACAAUUCUGUAUGUACAUUUUAAAAUCACAGAUCGACAUUAAAGAGGGCAGAAUUACUGAGGUAUUAUACUACGACUUUAUAACUGCUAUGUAUAAUAAGCACCCAAUGAGGUCAAAAAGGCCAAGUAGAUUUUAAUUCUUUAAUAAAUUUUAAUAAAAUUCGCCAAACACAUUUUACUGUAAUGGACUUUAGACAUGGGCAUGGCAAUAAACCAAUGAAAGGCUAAAUACAGUGUCAUUCUAAUACAAAAAUAGAGCAUCACGUAUUUAUACAUCACCAAAAAUAUAUAUAUCACUAUUCUGAUGAGCAGUAGUAGAUGAACCUGUACUGUGUGUACACAUUACCACAUCAAUACUUUAGAUGUACUAGUUGUUUGUAGCCUUGGUGACAGUGAUCCAGUUGCACAGAUAAGAUGCUCCUGUGCUGCAGGGAGUCCCUGACAUUUUCAGAGGAGGUGACAGUGAGUGGAACCAGCGAGUCUCGCUGUGACUUCACACACACUGAGCUGUUCUGAAUGUGAGACCCGCACUCUGCACAGAGCUGCGUGUCAGUGUAGAGAGUGUGAGCAGAGAGACAGGAGCAGCGCAGCCUGCAACACUCCUCUCUCCGCCUCUGUGCAAACUUCAGCAGCAACAGGAGACACUGAGGACGAGCGCUGCUGCUGCUGCUGCUGUUAUUGUUUUGCCUUUGUUCUUAUGGAAAUCUGCACCGGCGACCCGUGAUGCACCACCACACACAGGAUGUCAUGAGGAGAAAGAAGCACUUUGACAGGAUCACGUCUGGAAGUUUUUGGGAGGAUCUAACAUCUGGCUCCUGUUUGGACUUCGAGUCAUGAGGCAUUAAAUGUUUGUAUUUUCUAAUUUAUUUAUUUAUUCUUCUGCACAUUAAUACAAAUCCCUGAUGGAAAACCUCACCUUGGAUCCGAACAUGACUGUAGUGAACGACACGUCGCUGCAGGACAAUCAGACCCACGGCAUUUGGAUAGACUACACUGUUGAGUACAAAGUGGCCAGUGUGCUGCUGGUGGCCCUAAUAUGCGGGGUGGGGAUCGUGGGGAACGUGAUGGUCAUCCUGGUGGUCCUGACCACCAAACACAUGCGGACGCCCACCAACUGUUACCUGGUGAGCCUGGCGGUGGCUGACCUGAUGGUCCUGAUAGCCGCCGGGCUGCCCAACAUCACCGACGCCCUCUAUGGUCAGUGGGUGUACGGGUACGUGGGGUGUCUGGGCAUCACCUAUCUGCAGUACCUGGGCAUCAACGCGUCCUCGUGCUCCAUCACUGCCUUCACGGUGGAGCGCUACAUCGCCAUCUGCCACCCAAUCAAGGCGCAGUUUUUGUGCACUUUAUCCCGGGCGAAGAAGAUCAUCCUGCUGGUGUGGACGCUCACCUCUGCCUACUGCGUCAUGUGGCUCUUCCUGUCCGACACCACACAGUUGGUUUAUGAGAACGCGGUGCUGCUCAGCUGCGCCUACAAAGUGUCCAGAAGUCACUACCUGCCCAUUUACUUCACGGAUUUCACGGUGUUCUACGUGCUGCCCCUCAUCCUGGCCACUGUUCUGUACGGACUCAUCGCCAGGAUACUUUUCCUGAACCCUCUACCCGCGGAUCCCAAAGAAAGCAGCAGCAAGAAGUGGAGGAAGGAGAGCAGUCAGGGAGGGAGGAUGAUGAGCGGCAGCUCCUCCAGCAGCACCACCGCUGCCUCACGGAGACAGGUGACCAAGAUGCUGGCUGUGGUGGUGAUCCUCUUUGCACUGCUGUGGAUGCCCUACAGGACCCUUGUGGUGGUCAACUCCUUCCUGGACAAGGCCUACCUGGACAGCUGGUUCCUGCUCUUUUGUCGACUCUGCAUCUACUUAAACAGUGCCAUUAACCCAGUCAUCUACAAUGCCAUGUCUCAGAAAUUCCGGGCCGCUUUCAAAAAGCUGUGUCAGUGCGGCCCCCAGCGCAAAGAGAAGCCGGCUUCUUAUAGUGUGCAGUUGACCUAUAGUGUCAUCAAGGACACGUCCAAUGGAGAGAGUCCUGAUCACUUCACCACAGAAAUGGAUGAGCUGAACACACCAACAGAUCAGUACCUCUCUGCCAGGAAGAUGGUGUUUACAGCACCUUCCCGGUCUGGAAGUGGUGUCAAAGCUUGAUUACUAAAGAAAAAACUCUCCUCCUACGAAAUCAGGCUGGAUUCAGUUACCCAGUGGACAUCCCAUUUUAGUUUUCCUCUUAGAAAAACCCAUUUACUAGAUCCCUAAUGGAACAGGUGAAAAUGAGCUGUCACUUGUAUUGGUCUAUUAUAGGUCUGUUGACCUACAAAGUUGAUGUGCAAAACAAGCGAGCUGUCACAAACAUUUCAUUCACAUAAUGCAUUUUGCAAAAAUACAUUUGAUUGUAAUGGAGUGUGCAGUGCAACCAAUCUGUAUGAUAUGAUGUGGAAAUGAUUUUGUAUGAACAUCAUCUAGACCAAUGUCUCCUGACCCUUUUUGAGCCACAAUACGAAUAUGACAUUAGAAAAAUCCCAUGGCUGCACAACAAAAAAAAAUGUCAGGAAAAAAAAUUCUAGUUUCAGUUUAUUCACAAUUGACAUACUCUAUGUGAAACCUGGGCCUGUUUAAUUGAACACACCAGUGAUAUACUUGCAGGAAUUGAAGAAAGACACUUGAAGAUCUUAUUUAAUGGCUGAGUCUUUCUCUAUUUUUAGUUUUUACCUGCUCCUGCUCCUGCCUAGUAGAAGUAUAAUUAAUUGUUCUAUGUGUCACUGUCACAUAGAACAACACAGUAGAACAAAGGCAAAAUAUAUUCAGUGAAUAAAUAGUAGUUUAGAACAUUUCAGUGAAAUUGGAUAAUUCUCCAUGCUACACUUGAUAUCUCAUCGCACACUAAUGUACCGUGGGCACAGGGGUUGGGAAUCACUCAACUAGACAUUAUGCAUAAAAAUAACAAGAACAACUCAUUCUGUUAAAACAUGGUUGUUAAGAUUCAAAUUCCAAGUUUUAGAUGACAUUCUUUUGGCAUAACUUUUUCUUUUGUUGAAUGUGAGAUGAGAAAACGUAGUGGGCAUAUACUGUGGCAAUUAUGUUUCCAAAUGAUGACCACACCACUCACAUUUUUCUACCUCGUUUAUUCCCAGCUGCUCUUUACAGUAAAUGUUACUGAGAAUGUUUCAUUUCUCUGUGUCAGCACGAGACUACAAAAAGUCUAUGCUGGAAAAAUCACUGCAGCUUUUGUAGCGUGAGGUCGAGUAGACAGUGACAAAUUAAAGCGCUUAAAUAGUAGUAAAUCGGAUAAAAAUAUAUUACGGUGCCAUAUAUUAGUUUUAUUCCCAGGAUUACCCCUGUCACAGGGGUCCUUGGCAGAUGGUUACAAAAAAGGAUGAACUCCCAGCUCAUGGGGACAGAAUGUACUGUUGUAUAGUUUGUCUUCUCACCUUCGUUGCCAAAAUGUCUUAAUCACCUACUGUUGGUUAAUUGGCUUCAGUGUGUUUAAUAAAGUGGUGUAAAGCAGAUGGGAAUUCUUGCAGCCAUCUUGCAUAUCUUGUUUUUGCAGCGAGUAAAUUAUUUUCUCGACGUCUAAUUGGACAGGACAGGGUCGCUGGUCAAUAUUAUAGCUCAGUAUUUUGUGACUCCCUGUGGAAACGUUGCCUGUCGCAGCAAAUAUUUGAUUCAGCGCUGCUAUUUUAUAGAUGCCUUCCAUGACGUGCUGCCCAUUUGUCUAUUCUUAGGACAGACUGUGGUCUCUCUCCCUCUGGCUGAGCUUCUUGGGCUUUAGGUGUAAGAUUUCCAUAAUAUUUUAAAAACUUUUUUAUCACGAUGUAAUACAAUGAGUGGUCUCGUACCAAGUAGUAGAACAGCAGCUUAUCUAUACAGUAAUUAAGAUUCCUGAUCUCAGCUCUUCAGUCACAAACUCUUUUUUUUUUUUUUGACAGAUCUGGGUUGAGAACUCUUUUCCUCUUUGUUCUUGGACCUUCCAAUGCGGAGCCACAUAAAUUGACUGAAACUGCAUGUACAUCACUGUGACAUUUGAUCUUUACCAGAAGAAAAAAAGAAAAGAAAAGAAAAGCACCAACAACGAAUUACAUGACCUUUUCCUUUAAAGAUUUCUGUGUUGUAGUACAAAAGAAACAGUCACUUCCAGGAACCUGCUGUAAUAAUUGAAUCAGUGUAAAGCAAAUGUGUUGUGAAUUGAAAUGUUCCACAGUGACAAUGAAAAGCCUUUGUUUCUCAGAGGGUUUCGUCCACAGCCUUGGAGGAGCCUGUAAAGGACAGUGGCCGCUGUAAUAUAAUAAUGAUGUGUGCAGACAUUGAGGCUGUUUGUCAAAUAGGGGUCAAAUGGCAGUAAUUCACUGACACUGGCUUGGACUGCAGACAGCAGCACUUUCUGUGAUUUAUCCCCUCAGUGAAGCCCGCAGAGCAGUGAGGGAAUGUGUAAAUAGAUGGUGACAAAGUGGCACACUUGGCCCGGCGCACUUCAGUAUUUAAGUAUGUAGUUCACGCUGCCUUUAAAAGAAGAGAAAAGAAGAAAAAAAAAAGAUCUGCUGUUUCUUCAACUUUGUAAAUGUGUAUAUUGAAGAGCACUCAGAGUAAACUGGGUAAAGGGAGCCUGCUGUGUGCUGGAGCCACAGCCUUUUUGUCUGUGCUGAAGUGGAAUAAAAUCUAUAGUGCUGUGCAAUGUCAAAUCAAUUCAAUAUUGUGUUUUUGUUAGUGCGUGCAGCCUUUCAAAAAAAUUAGCAUUCGAUCAUUUUAAGGCUUUGAGUAUUUGUAACAAUGCUGAAAGUGGAGCUGCUCUGGAGUUGUGACUUUGUAGACUGACGUAGGCCUAUUCGUGCACUUUUUUUUUCACAGUUUCAGUUUUUGUUCCCGUUUGAAAUGAAAUUUGAUUUGUUGUAAACUGCCAAACAGCUGUGCUGUGUUUGUUUUCUGUCUUGCACGGUAUAAACGCUCUCCAGUUUAAAUACAUGCUUUUGUGAUGUGCAGAAAAAAAAGAAAAACAAGCUGAUAACUGAUUGUCCUUAAGUCAAGUGGCAUUCUUUUCCCCUGGCUCUCGCUGUUCAAUGGUCUGUUCUCUCUUUUCUGUUGUUCUUUGUCCAAGUGAAACAUUAAAACGGCUUUGACGAUGAA